AUGGAUUACGAGGCGCCUAACGGCGAUCGUUAUGAAGAUGAAGCUCCUCGCUACGAACGCGACAACAGGAGUGCCUCCCCACGCCCCGGCCGUGAUGAAGUCGACACCGGGCGUCGUCGCUCCGCUUCGCCUGCUGCGCAUCCUGACAGCGGCUCAAAGGAAACCUCUGCUCCGAAGGACGAUGAUGAUGGCGCUAUCAACCCCGGCUCGAACCUCUUCGUGACUGGCAUUCACCCGCGUUUGUCAGAGGCCGAGGUUACCAAGAUGUUCGAGAAAUAUGGCGAGGUUGAGAAAUGCCAGAUCAUGAAAGAUCCUCAUUCCAAGGAAUCGCGCGGGUUUGGUUUCGUCAAGAUGGUCACUCCAGAGCAGGCCGAGGCCGCCAGAGAGGGACUUCAGGGAGAGGUGAUUGAAGGCCGUACUUUGAGCAUCGAGAAGGCUCGCCGAGCCCGGCCUCGCACUCCCACCCCUGGCAAAUACUUCGGCCCACCCAAGAGAGACCCGCGCCCCCGAUUCGAGGAUCGUCGCCGCGGAGGCUAUGGCGGUAGUUAUGGCCGUGAUGAGGGACACCGUUCUCGCGGCUAUGAGCGAGGUGGCAACGAUCGAGGUGGCAACGACCGAGGCGGCAACGACCGAGGCGGCUAUGAGCGAGGCUACGAGCGCCGCCCUGAUGACCGCGGUGGCUAUGAGCGCUCCUACGAGCGUUCCGGCUACGAACGUGGCUACCGUGAGGACAGACGUUACGACGAGCGAGCAGGUUAUGGUCGGGACUACGAACGGAGCGGCUAUGAGCGCCGGGACCGCGAUGAGAACUAUGGUCGCGAGAGGCAGAGUGGACGUGACGACCGUGGCCCACGCGGCGCUGCCGGUGGCUAUGACCGUGAGAGAUAUGACCGUCAAGGUGAUCGUGAGGCUGGGCGCCCUCGUGAACCUGCAGCUGGAGGCUCUGGCGGAUAUGCCGACUCCGCAUCGCGUUCCGAGCCACGAGAGCACCACGGAGGUUUGAAACAGCAAAUACACUUUCUCCUGCUACCAGCAGCUAACCUUUUUCAGGUGCCGACGCCACGAUGCGAUGAGCGCAUUUCAACGCAGUCGUAUCGCUUCCAACGGCCGUAUUUAGGCCCUGUAUAG